GUAAGAAAAAAAAUGUGACGGUGAUUUGGCUGCCUCCGCUCAAAGCGGUUGGUUCUCUCUAUCUAAUAUUUAGAUAGUAGUGAUGGGAAAGACUCCAGAUUAGAGAGUACGCUAUACGCAUAUUCAACUCUAUUAGUCACAAAAAAUAACGAUGUUUGGAAUUAGCCAUGCCGUUCCAAUAAUUCUCGUAACAGCAGUUACUAUUAUCUUUUACAUUAGGCUCCGAAGUAGACUUGCAUAUCCCAACUCGAAACCGCACCCGAGAGAAUAUCAUUCGGACCAAGAAGAGCAAAAAGGGGUUCGCAUCUGCCAGGUCAAUACAUCUUCCAGCGAUAAUGAGACGGACUCCAAAAUCGACAUCAUUGCCGUUCACGGCUUGGACACGAAGUCCCCCGAGACCUGGACAUGGAAGUCUGGGGAGUCCGAGACGGUGAACUGGCUGUCCCAUCCGGACAUGCUCCCCAGCCAAGUGGGAAAAGCUCGUAUUUUUACCUGUGACUGGCCAGCCGACCUAUUCCAACCGUCAGACUUGAUCCAAAAAAGGAUCGAGGAACUUGCUCGCCUAUUGCUUACCGCAAUCCAUGAUGUUCGUGCAGAAAAUCAGGAUCGGCCGCUUGUAUUUAUCGCUUCAUGUAUUGGCGGCAUCAUUUUGAUGAAGACCCUCGUGAUGGCCGACCAUAACUCGGAAUAUAUUCAUAUCCGACGCGCUACGCACGGUGUAGUCUUUCUUGCUACACCUUUCCGAGGUACGGCGUUCCACGAUGUAGCUAAAUGGGCAGAAUUGGUCCUGAAGUCCCGGGCUACGAUUAAAGGCCAGCAGAUAUCUUCACUUCUUGAAUAUGCCAAGUCCUUGACUUUCGAUACCGGAGAGCUUGUACGGAAUUUCACAAGGUUAUGUAACGACUCGGAAUAUUCUUGUCAAGUGGUUAGCUUCUAUGAAACGCGACCAACCAACAAAUGUUGGAUCCGCAAAGGAAAGCUCCUUGUCGAUCAAUAUUCCGCAACCCUAGAUAUUGUCCUAGAUCCGUUACCGCUCGAUCGGCCUCAUAUGACGAUGAACAAAUUCUUCGGACCUAGCGACACGGAAUAUAAUAUAGUUGUCGGAAAAGUGAAGAACAUGCUUAAGAAUAUUCGAGAGGGCACAUUACUGGAGAGGGCGGAUGCUUGGAUACGAACGAAGCGCUAUACUGCAGAAAGACUUGGGAUUGAGCGGCUCUCGGGUGACCUUUUACCAAUGGACCAGUGCUAUAUCAACCUGGCCCUUAUAAAGCAGCCUGAAAACCAUUCCGGGAAUCAAACAGAGGAACCUCAGCUGUCUCGACCUUCUCCAUUUUCAUUCAUGACUCGAUUAAAGGUUCAGAUACCAGACGAGCAGAGUCGCGUCGAGCUGAAAGAAAUCUUCGAACCACGUAAGGCUCCAGGAAAUAAAGAUGAUCCUAUACGGCCCAGGAGAAUAUUGAUUGGAGGUCGUGCGGGAGUCGGGAAAACCACCUUAUGCAAGAAAAUCAUCCAUGAAUUUGCUUCUGGUACAAUGUGGAAUGAUUUAUUUGACCGCGUACUUUGGAUACCUUUACGGAGGUUGAAAACAUGGGAAUUUAACUGGUGCGAUUUCGAAGAGCUCUUCUACCGGGAGUAUUUCUCCAAUUGCCCAGAUGGCCACGAUUACGCCAAAACACUAUGGCGUACAUUGAAGGCAAGUCCCGGAAAGACCUUGUUCAUCCUUGAUGGCUUGGAUGAAGUACUGCAUGAGUUAAAACGGGACGACCCAAAAUACGAACUUCUUCGAAGUCUUUUGAACCAGCCGGAUGUUAUAAUCACUUCUCGGCCAUACGCGAUGUCUCCGAGUCAACUCCAGGGGGUCGAACUCGAAUUAGAAACAAUUGGAUUUGAUCCAGGGCAAGUGAAAAAAUACCUUCGAAGCACCUUUAAAGAUUCAGCAAACCAAGAAAACCUUGUAGUCGAGUCUUUUCUCGAGCGGCAUCGGCUUAUCAAGGAUCUUGUUCGAAUUCCAAUCCAGUUGGACGCACUCUGUUACACCUGGUGUGGUUCUUCUAAUAUCGCACCGCAGACUAUGACCACCAUCUACCAAGAUAUUGAACUAGGACUGUGGAGAAAGGACAUACCGAGAUUAGGGAAAAAGCAUGAAGGAAGCCCAGUAACAGAGGGCCAAGUUCAGCAUGAAUCACGGUUAAAUAUUGAAGAACUUGCUGAUAAUGAAAUCAACUUCCUCGAGGGGCUUGCAUUCAAAGCGAUGCUCGACCAUAAGAUAGACUUCGAUGCCAAAUAUCUCGACGGGAUACCAAAGAAAAAUACCAUUUUUAACGACACUAUAUUGCGCCUCUCUUUUCUGCGGACCUCAGACUCUUCAUUAAAUCCAAAAGACCAAAAUUAUCACUUCAUACAUCUAACAUAUCAAGAAUACUUUGCGGCUCGCUACUUCGUUCGUCGAUGGAAGACACGAAAGCUUUUAGGUCAACAACAGACUACAUCUGAUCAAAAUAUCGACCCGAUUGAUUUUUUCAAAAGACAUAAAUACGCAGAUUAUUUAGAUAUCAUGUGGCGUUUCGUUGCCGGUUUACUUGAUGUUGAAGAGGCUGUUCAAUUUAUUCAGUGGAUCGAGGAAAAACCGUCCGAUAGUUGGAGCGUUGCCCCCAGAAGAUUGUUAAUGCAUUGUAUAAGCGAAGUAUCAACUAAAAUACGGUUUCAAGCAAACUUGGAAAAGAAAUUCUCACAGUUGGGACAGUUUUUCUUCAGGAUAUUUAACACAAUGUCUCCAGACGUGGACGAAUUUGACCUUGAUGAUUAUAUAGAAGUUAUUGCUUUAAUUCGUUUUUAUAAAAAAUUAUAAUUAAUAAUAAAUGAUUUAAUUAUUUUAA